AUGGAUGGGGCCAACCAGAUGGCCGUGACAGAGUAUGUCCUGCUGGGGCUACACGAGCACCACAACCUAGAGAUGGUGCUGUUUGUACUCUGCCUGGGCAUCUACUCCGUGAUAGUGCUGGGGAACGCCCUCCUCAUCGGGCUGAACAUGCUGGACCCCCGCCUGCACAGCCCCGUGUACUUCUUCCUCAGCAACCUCUCCCUCAUGGAUAUCUGUGGCACAUCCUCCUUUGUGUCUCUCAUGCUGGUCAAUUUCCUGGAAACCCAAAGCACCAUCUCCUUCCCUGGCUGCACCCUGCAGAUGUUCCUGACCCUGGCACUGGGCUCCACGGAGUGCCCGAUCCUGGCCGUGAUGGCGUGUGACCGUCACGUGGCCAUCUGCCAGCCGCUUCAGUACUCAGAGCUCAUGAGCAGGCAGACGUGCGUGUGGAUGGCGGCACUGAGCUGGGGGACAGGCUUUGCCAGCUCCCUGCUGCAAUCCACUCUCACCUGGAGCCUCCCCUUCUGUGGCCACAGUGUCAUCAACCACUUCUGUGAGAUCUUGGCAGUGCUGAAACUAGCCUGUGGGGACACCUCUCUAAACGCGCUGCUAACAAUGGUGGCCACUACUGUCGUGACGCUGGCCCCGUUGCGGCUCAUCUGCCUGUCCUACGUUUUCAUCCUUGCUGCCAUCCUGAGGGUGCCCUCUGCUGCUGGCUGGAAGAAAGCCUUCUCCGCCUGCUCUGCCCACCUCACAGUGGUGGUGGUUUUCUAUGGGACCACCUCCUUCAUGUACUUCAAGCCCAAGGCCAAGGACCCCAACUUGGCUAAGAUUAUCGCAUUGUUCUAUGGGGUCGUGACACCCUCGCUGAACCCCAUCAUCUACAGUCUGAGGAACACAGAGGUGAAAGCUGCCGCCAUAGCUCUGCUGAGGGGAGACCUGCUCUCCAGGGAAAUGUCCCGUUUUUCCUGUUGCUCUCUAUCAGGCAGGACAGGCUAG